AAUACUUUUCCCCGUAGGCAAUUGCGGCACUGAUAAGGAGGAGAUAAGUGGCUGCCUGAUCGCCACCUCCAUGACCACCAUCUCCGCCACCGCGGCUGCGCCAUCGUUGCCUCUCCACAACGUUUUUGUUUACGGCAGCCUUCUCGCCGACGAGGUCGUCAGUAAGCUUUUAAGCCGCGUCCCGCCAUGUACGCCCGCCAUCCUCAAUGGCUACCACAGGUAUAAUGUAAAGGGGCGUGUUUAUCCAGCAAUAUUGCCAGCAGAAAGGAAGAAAGUCAUAGGAAGGGUUAUCAUGGGAGUUACCAAGGCAGAGCUAUGUGUUUUGGAUACCUUUGAAGAUGAGGAGUACAAGAGAAGCACAGUGGAGGUCUUUUUGAAUGGUGAUUCAGGUAAACUUUCUGCUGAGACAUAUGUUUGGGCAGACAAAGAUGAUCCAAAUUUGUAUGGUGAAUGGGAUUUUGAGGAAUGGAAGCAGCUGCACUUGAAGGAUUUCCUCUCCAUGACUGAAGGGUUUGUUAAGGAGUUAGAAAAGCUGGAUCUGAAAACUAGGGUGGCUAUUUACGAAGCCUACUAUAAGAAGUAACCCCUCACCCCCCAUUCAUUCUUCAUAUCAUAUAAUACCCUCUUGUUAAUGAUAUUUAUUUGUAAUAAUUUAAUUAUAUUAUAAUUAUUACAAACUUAGGGCCUGUUUGAGACAUUACACUUAUAUUUCGGAACUGCUUUCAUAUUAUUUUUUUAGAAAUUUCUAUGAUUGGAAGU